ACUGAUCUUCCGUAUCGAAGUUACACAACAAGAUGGCAGCCUUCAGCUGAUUCCUACCUGGCUGCUGUGUGGAUUAAUUACCAGUGAUUAUUAAAGAAUGUUGAGCUUUCGUAGGCAGAUUUGCAGUUAUAUCGGCACAUGUCGUAGAUAUUGUUCAAGAAAUGUUAGAGAUGGCCAAUAUUGUUUGGACCUUGUGAGGAAACAAGAUUAUGAAGGAUUCCUUGUAUCCCUCCUCAUGCCAGAAGAAUCACGCUCUGCUGCAAUUACUCUUCGAGCUUUUAAUGCCGAGUUAGCUUCAGUCAGGGAUUCUGUCUCCAAUGUUCACAUUGGAAAACUAAGACUCCAAUUUUGGAAAGAUGGUCUAGAAAAGAUCUAUGCAGGAAAACCUUCACAUCAACCUAUUGCCUUGGAGCUCUUCAAAGCAGUCAAUAGACACAAGCUAUCAAAGAGAUGGUUAUCACGCAUGAUUGAAGAAAGAGAAAAGACGUUGGAGGAUAAACCUUUUCCAAGUGUUGCUGAUGUGGAAAGCUAUGCAGAGAAUACCUCCUCAUCAUUGCUCUACCUCACACUGCAAUCAUUAGGCAUUCAGGAUGUUCAUGCAGACCAUGCAGCAAGUCAUAUAGGGAAAUCACAAGGCAUUGUAAACCUACUCAGGGGGAUUCCCCUACUAGCUCAGAGAAGGGAUGUGCUCAUUCCAAUGGAACUUACUAUUAAGUAUAACUUAUCACAAGAGGAUGUAAUCCGUGGGAACAGGAGUCAGGAUAUGAAAGAUUUGACCUAUGAACUCGCCAGUCUUGCAAAUUCGCACCUUAAACAUGCUCGUACGCUGAAGAAGGAUGUUACACCCGGUGCUAUCCCAGCAUUCCUUGCCACUGCUCCCAUUGAUUCUUACCUAAAAAGAAUUCAGCAAGCAGACUUUGACGUCUUUCAUCCGUCUCUGUCAAAGAGGUACCCUCUCCUUCCAGUUAGAAUAUGGCUACAGAACUACAGGAGGACUUUCUGAACUUCUUGUCAUACAGAUUGACUUUAUAUCAUGAUCUUAUAAAUGUAUGAUAUGGGAUCCUUUUGACACAGGAAAUUGUGCUGCAAUGAAAAUAAGUCUGAAAUCCCGAAGAUCAUUAAAAUGCCACGGAAUCCCGCCUAUGUCUUCAGUGAGAUAUUACAGGAGGCUAUGAAGGAAAGUAUACUCCACUAUAAGAGGAGAAAGUAGUCGGCCUGAUUGAUCAAGUGAACGUUCCAAGUUGUAAGAUUCUUUGUACUGUUUCAUAUGUUGAAAGUACUGCAACUUUUACUUGCUAAUCUUUGACUAUAUAGGCCAGAAUUCAGAAAGGUGGUUUUUAAAACCAUCGGUUGAACCCAUGGUUUAUGCAGAUUUCCUGUAUAAAUUAAGUACCCUAUUUUAUUCAUGAGUCCAUUGUUUUGAAUUAAUGAGUCCACUCUUCAAACAAUGGACUCAUGAAUAAAACAGCGUACUUAAUUAACCAUGGCAACAGGCGUCAUUUUGGCGCACUGUGACAAAAGUGCGCAUCAACAUUGGACAUUUUUUAAUAGAUGUGGUAAAUAAGCGUAAUUUAUACAGGAAAUCUGCAUAAACCAUGGGUUCAACAUACAGUUUACAAAACCACCUUUGUGAAUUCGGGCCAUUGGGUUUCAGUUCUCAUCAUAACAUGGUCCUAUUUCUUGGUGUUCUCAUGUUUUCGAAUGGAUCCUUAUCAAAUGAUUGACUGUGAGUGGUCAUAUGACACGUAUUAUUUCCACUGUUGCGUCGACCGCAUUUUCUCCCAAGCAAGUGUGCAUUAAAAGAGUCAAAAUUGAGCUGCUCUUGAUCGAAGAAGCACUUGAGGUUUUCCUGUGCCUGUUUUUGAUGAACAUGACUGAUGCUAAACAGGAGGGUAGUAGGCCUAAAAGAAAAAUAACAUUAAAUUUUGAUUUUUCUUGAUUUAUCUAAAGAGGAUCCAUGUAUCUUAUUUUAUGAAACAAAUAACAAACUGCUUUUGUUUGUACAUUGGUUCAAAAUUAGCUUACAUGUAUCACUUAAGUUCAGAAUUUACCAAAGCUGCUGUGUUGCAUGCCAAUUACUAAAUUUAUUGCAUGCAUCGACUUUGACCCAAUGCACUCGGAGUUGCAUGGUAUUUGUAUACCAUGGUGUGUUUUAGGUUGAUUUCUUGCUCCAACUCUUAGUUAAUUCAAUUCAAGGGGUUCUUGGCUAAAAAAUAUGAUUUGAACAGAUGAAAUAAAAUCAGAAAAAAAAGCACUGAAAAUUUGAUCAACAUUGGACGAGAAAUAACAAAGCAAUGACUUUUUAAAGAGUUGCAUUAUUUGGGUGAAACAGUUCUAUGCACGUCUCCAUGAAUAUUCAAUCUUAUUUCCUCCAAGAAUUUAAAAAGAAAUGGAUUGACAACUGAUUUAAUACAUUAGAUAUCCAUUGCUGUAACCCAUUAUAUUAUAAGGGACACAUAUCAUACCCACUUGUAUGAAAAUAUGAAAUAAUUAUGAUUUCAUGCAGUAACAUAAGAUAGGGUUAUGAGACUAAGAUUAAAAAAAAACCUGAAAAAAUCUGAAAUAAAAAGUGUGUGCAAAUGCAAUGCGCACACCAUGUGCACGAAGUGCAAAGUCCCAAUAGGCCAGGGGGGGGGGGGGGGCGAGCUCUAGGGUUCUAGAUGCUCUCUGGUGCAAUCUAGGCUUAUUUUGGAAACCAUUUCUUUCAAUUUGAUAUGGUUGGUUAGGGGGGUAUAAAAAAAGAAAUAAGUUACACUGUUUCAGACCUUGAUACCUGAGACUUCAAACUUGAUAUCUGGAACAACUAUGCACAUCAAGUUCUUGAGCUGAAAAAGUUUUGUGAAAUCACAUGUUUAUCCCAUUGUUCAUGCAUUACUGGUACUUAGCAGUUGUUGGAGAGAGAAUAACACCAAGCACCUCUCAAAGGUUGCAAUGAAAUCCAGAACUAUAUGGUUAUGAAGAGCUGAAAAGGUGAUUGUGACAUAAAAUCUUGAAAUUCAAUUGCCCAUACAUUCCAUAACAAAGGGAAUCCAUUAUGCUGUCACUCGGCCAAACUUCAAAGGUCAAAGAUGUCAUAUGAUACAUGUCAGUCAAAAGGGCUUGCUGUGACAAUAUAUGAGUAUAAGCGUCUUAGUUUGCAGUAUCUGUGUCAACAGAUAACAAAGUUAAAUACAUCUAUUCUUGCUCUUUGCAUGGUCCAUAAUGUCACUUCUAGCUCACUUGAAUUGCUUUAGCCUUGCCUGUAUAGUUUGGACACUUCAGGCUUCUUCUUGAUGAUCCCUUCUGUAGUCAUCUUUGAUUCUGUUUCCUUUUCGUGAACUUCUUUUGCUUCUGUGUAUCUCCGAGAGGCACUGCGCAUAUCAUUACAAAGAGUACUGUCAACUGGUUUGUUCGAAGAUGGUGAUGAGAAAUAUUGCAAAGUAGUCUUCUUGGCUGAUGUUAGUUCAAAAUUCACUGUUAGUAUGGCUGAAAAGCUAUUUAUGUGAAUAGAUGGUCUGUUUGUGUUUACAGUUUCUUGCAUUAUUGCUGAAAGAUGACUACAGUUGGGUUGUGGAAGCAGCUCAAGAUGGUAAAGAUCAUCUUUAUAAGGUGAGGGAAUGUUUUAAAAUGCCUUGUCCAGUACCUGUACAGUGUCAUCAGACUCCCUGUUUCCAGCUGCAUGUAGCUGAUUGUGACAUAUUAAGUCGUGUUGUGACAUAACCAAGAGGGUCAUACACUGAUGACACCACACUCAGAAUUCCUUGUCUGGUAAUUGGCUUUUCCUUGGGAGCAAACUUGUAUUAAAGGAAGCAGCCCUCAUCCAUGUUCCAUGUUAACCCACUGGCCCUCUCUACCGGAAGUGCAUCAACAUUCAGAUCUAGUCCUUCCACCUCUUUGGCUCUCUCUUCUGGUACAGAUCCCAGAACAGAAGGGCUGUUACUUAUCCACUUGGUCACCUUAAAGCCUGCAUCCCUCAACAAACUUGUCAAGUCAGCCACCUGCUUCACAGCUGUAACCUCGUCUUCCAAGGAGGCAAGAUAAUCAUCAACGUAAAAGCACUUACUGACUGUUGUAGCGGCCUCAAAUCUUCUAUUGUCUUUCUUGACGUCUUCUGCUGCUUGGCUGAGAGCAAAACUGCAUGCAGAUGGGCUCCAAGUUCUGCCAAAUAGAUGCACACAUAUCCAUUACGUCCAAGGAAUUUCCUGAAGAUUUCCAUCUUGCCACCAAAGAAAGCAAAGUAGGUCUCUCUCUUGACAGGGUACUCUUUCUUAGUGGAACAUUCAUGCAAUAUCACCCGUAAUGGAAAUAGGUGACUGCCUGAAUCUAAGAAGAACUCCCACUAUAUUAUUGGUGAGCUCUGGUCCAUGCAUGACAACAUCAUUCAGUGCUUUGCCUCCGAACUUGGCAGCACAAUCAAAGACAAUCCGAAGUUUACCCUUCUUAGGAUGGAACACUGGGUGGUGUGGAAUAUACCAGGCUCUUUCUGCUUCACAGCAUAUCCUUCCUGGAGUAGAUCUUCCAGUCCAUCCUUUAUUUUCCUUGCAAGUCUGGGUCCAAUAUCAAUCGUCUGUCUUGAAUGGAAUGGCUAGUUGAAAAUGACCAUCGACCUUGAUUGUCUCUUGCCAGAUCUCAGAUAUCUUCUUGUCAUUCAGUGACACUGGCUUACUUCCCUGGUAACCAUUUUCUUCGAUCUCCUAGAAUCUUCUGACUUGUUUGUCAAGGCCACUCUCCAAGUCAAUGAAGUUUGCUUCACAAUAGGUUCCAUACACUGCAGUAUCUCCAGACCUGUUGGAUCCAAGAGGCCAAUUGAGGGUUCAACCGAACACCAUCUUGACGGUGAAGAGUCUACCAGGUCUGCCUGCCUUCACUUCCAGAGGCAUCAGUGCCUCAGGGACAUCUUGUCCUAUCAGCAUAGUGACUUGACUGCAACUGGUAAUAGAAAGAUCCAGAUCUUGCAAAUGGAGACUCUGAGAUAUGUCUGCUUCUCUCGCCAUGUUUUCCAUACUAAUGUUCAGCUUGGGACGAGUGUAAGCCUCCAUGUCUAAUUCCACAUCUGAGGCCAAUCCAUAUACCUUGAGGUUAACAGCUUCACACUUAAUCUCACUACCUCUCUUCUCCAAAGUAGACACAGAGAGAAUCUUGCUUCUACUCCUUACGCCUAGCCUCUCAGCUAACUCUUUCAGGCAAAAUGAGUUGGUAGACCCAUUGUCCAGGAGAGCAAAAGUAUCCACUACUGUCUUUCCAUUAGCUGCUCUCACCUUUACAGGGAUUAUUGGUAGAGCAACUAUCAGUUUCCUGCUUCCUCUGCGCCUACUUGCAUGCGAUCAGGCAACUUGACCGCCAUGCUCUCUAACAUCAGUCUGGGUUGGAGAACUGCUGAUUUACAAUUCACCACUCUUAUCUCCGGGGCUAAGCUUUGCCUGCUUUCUAGUGUGUAGAAACUUUAUGUGUUUCAAAAUGCAACUUUUUAGAGAGCAUGUUCUGACCAGCUUGCAUUGCAACGACAUAUGUCCUGGCUUCAAGCAAUAAAAGCACAACUCGGUUUCACAAGCAAACUUGAAACAUUCCUCGGGGACCAUAUCUUUGAACCUUUCACGGCCAAACAACCCAUGCUCAGACUGACAUAGAGGACACUUCUGCUGAUUAACAGAUGCUGAGAAGUUGCUCCUUGAUGAACUUUGACAACUCGUAAUAGGACCCUUCUUAGGAUGGAACACUGGGUGAUGUUGAAUAUACCAGGCUAUUUGCUGCUUCUCAGCAUCAUCCAUCACUUCUUCAACAUAUCCUUUCUGGAGUAGAUCUUCCAUUCCAUCCUUGUAUUUUUCUUGCAAGUCUGGGUCCAAUCUCAAUCGUCUUCCAAGACUUUCUUGGAAUAGAAUGGCUAGUUGAAAAUAACCAUCGACCUUCGUGAUUGUCUCUUGCCAAAUCUCAGUUGUCUUCUUGUCAUUCAGUGACACGGGCUUACUUCCCUGGAAACCAUUUUCUUCGAUCUCCUAGAAUCUUUUGACUUAUUUGUCAAGGCCACUCUCCAAGUUGAUGAAGUUUGCUUCACAAUAGGUUCCAUACAUUGCAGUUUCUCCAGACCUGUUGGAGGAUCCAAGAGGCCCAUUUAGGGUUCAACCAAGCACUGUCUUGAUGGCGAAGAGCUCACUAGGACUGCCUGCCUUCACUUCCAGAGGCAUCAGUGCCUCAGGGACAUCUUGUCCUAUCAGCAUAGUGACUUGACUGCAACUGGUAAUAGAAAGAUCCAGAUCUUGCAAAUGGAGACUCUGAGAUAUGUCUGCUUCUCUCGCCAUGUUUUCCAUACUAAUGUUCAGCUUGGGACGAGUGUAAGCCUCCAUGUCUAAUUCCACAUCUGAGGCCAAUCCAUAUACCUUGAGGUUAACAGCUUCACACUUAAUUCCACUACCUCUCUUCUCCAAAGUAGACACAGAGAGAAUCUUGCUUCUACUCCUUACGCCUAGCCUCUCAGCUAACUCUUUCAGGCAAAAUGAGUUGGUAGACCCAUUGUCCAGGAGAGCAAAAGUAUCCACUACUGUCUUUCCAUUAGCUGCUCUCACCUUUACAGGGAUUAUUGGUAGAGCAACUAUCAGUUUCCUGCUUCCUCUGCGCCUACUUGCAUGCGAUCAGGCAACUUGACCGCCAUGCUCUCUAACAUCAGUCUGGGUUGGAGAACUGCUGAUUUCCAAUUCACCACUCUUAUCUCCGGGGCUAAGCUUUGCCUGCUUUCUAGUGUGUAAAAACUUUAUGUGUUUCAAAAUGCAACUUUUUAGUGAGCAUGUUCUGUCCAGCUUGCAUUGCAAUGACAUAUGUCCUGGCUUCAAGCAAUAAAAGCACAACUCGGUUUCACAAGCAAACCUGAAACAUUCCUCGGGGACCAUAUCUUUGAACCUUUCACGGCCAAACAACCCAUGCUCAGACUGACAUAGAGGACACUUCUGCUGAUUAACAGAUGCCGAGAAGUUGCUCCUUGAUGAACUUUGACAACUCGUAAUAGGACCCUUCUUAGGAUGGAACACUGGGUGAUGUUGAAUAUACCAGGCUAUUUGCUGCUUCUCAGCAUCAUCCAUCACUUCUUCAGCAUAUCCUUUCUGGAGUAGAUCUUCCAUUCCAUCCUUGUAUUUUUCUUGCAAGUCUGGGUCCAAUCUCAAUCGUCUUCCAAGACUUUCUUGGAAUAGAAUGGCUAGUUGAAAAUAACCAUCGACCUUCGUGAUUGUCUCUUGCCAAAUUUCAGUUGUCUUCUUGUCAUUCAGUGACACGGGCUUACUUCCCUGGAAACCAUUUUCUUCGAUCUCCUAGAAUCUUUUGACUUAUUUGUCAAGGCCACUCUCCAAGUUGAUGAAGUUUGCUUCACAAUAGGUUCCAUACAUUGCAGUUUCUCCAGACCUGUUGGAGGAUCCAAGAGGCCCAUUUAGGGUUCAACCAAGCACUGUCUUGAUGGUGAAGAGCUCACUAGGACUGCCUGCCUUCACUUCCAGAGGCAUCAGGGCCUCAGGGACAUCUUGCCCUAUCAGCAUAGUUACUUGACUGCUGCUGGUAAUGGGAAGAUCCAGAUCUUGCAAAUGGAGACUCUGAGAUAUGUCUGCUUCUCUCGCCAUGUUCUCCAUGCUAAUGUUCAGCUUGGGACGAGUGUAAGCCUCCAUUUCUAAUUCCACUUCUGAGGCCAAUCCAUAUACCUUAGGGUUAACAGCUUCACACUUAACCUCACUACCUCGCUUCUCCAGAGUAGACACAGAGAGAAUCUCGCUUCUACUUCUUACGCCUAGCCUCUCAGCUAACUCUUUCAGGCAAAAUGAGUUGGUAGACCCAUUGUCCAGGAGAGCAAAAGUAUCCACUACUGUCUUUCCAUUAGCUGCUCUCACCUUUGCAGGGAUUAUUGUUAGAUCGACUACCAGUCUCCUGCUUCCUCUGCAGCUACUCGCAUGCUAUGAAGCAACCUGACUGCCAUGCUCUCUAUCAUCAGUCUGGGUUGCAGAACUGUGCUGAUUUCCAACUUUCUUGUCCUUACUGGCACCACUCUUAUCUCCAGUGCUAAGCUUUGCCUGUUUGCUAGUGUGUAGAAACUUUGUGUGUUUCAAACUGCAUCCCUUUACUGAGCAUGUUCUGUCCAGCUUGCAUUGCGACAAGUAUGUCCUGGCUUCAGGCAAUAAAAGCACAACUUGUUUUCGCAAGCAAACUUGAAACAUUCCUCAGGGGCCAUAUCUUUGAACCUCUCAUGGCCAAACAAUCCAUGCUCAGACUGACAUAGAGGAUACUUCUGCUGAUUUUCAGAUGCUGAGAAGUUGGCGAUCUUCCUGAGUCAUGGAUAUGUUUCACUUCUCUCACCCACCUAGUCCUCAAGGCAUAGGGUAGCCUCUCAAUUACCUUCAGCGGCUCUCUCUGAGAACUCAUUUCUUGAAUGAUACCUAACACUAUUAGUGUCUCGGUGCACGACUGCAAUUCAUCAGCGUACUCUCUCAAUUGCUUGCAGUUAAUUGUAAUAACUGGGCCUUCUGUCACUUGCGUCAGCCAGGCUUCUAUCUUAAGACUAUUCCCAAACCUCUCGUCCAGAAGUUCUCGAGCUCUGACAUAACCUUGGUCUGGUACCAUCAUCAUACAUUCAUUUUAAGGUUUAUUUAUUUCCAGUAAAACAAUCACACACAUACUGCAGCUAAAAAGCUGAAAUGUAUUUAUUUACAGAGGUAUAACAAUUUUACAAUACAUGUACAUGUAGCAUAAAACAAUGUAAUGAUGAUAAAAAAAUAAUGGUACAUUAAGAAAAAUCAAGUAUAC